CCCAGCUGCAGAGCUAAGUUCAGUCCUCCACACCCUCAAUACCAUUAACACUGGUACUGUGCGGCUGCUGCUUUGAUACGUCGUGAAAGAAAAGUUUAUUCAGGUUAGGAGAAGCUAGUAGCUUAGCUUGUCACCUACCUUCUUUACCGCAAAGCCAAGUAUUGAUUUAAGGACUCCUGGGUUAGCUAUCUUGUUAGCUAGCAUGCUGCUGUCUCAACACAUCAGACAACUCUCGGAUUAACUUGACCUCGUCAUGACAGAAUUAAGAUGUCGGAAAACAGAGACUUUGAUGGGAGAUAAGGAAGAGGAUGAUCACCAAAGUGAGCCUGAGGGGCACCCUACACAUACUAAUGGGCCGGUGAACACAGAGGAUGAGGAGAGUGUGGCCAUUGGUGGGGCAAAUGGCAAACAGCAGAAAGAUGAGGAUGAGGUGAAAGAUGAGGAUGCUCACCACAAACAGGAAGAAUCAAACACACCUGAAGUGUCUGCCAAAAGAUCCAAGGUGUCUUCUGCAUCAGGUUUUUUGCAGCGGCUGGUGAGGGUGUUCUUUGGAUGCCUGGCAGCAGUUGCCUGUGGCAUGCUUUAUGCCGUUUAUCUGUCAACAUAUCAUGACAGGAAGUUCUGGUUUUCGACAAGACAGGAGCUGGAGCGUGAAAUCACCUUCCAAGAAGGCAGCGGGCUCUAUUAUUAUUACUACAAGCACAUGCUGACAGCACCAUCUUUUGAAAGAGGGUUUUAUGAGCUGACACUAGAUAACAAGACUGUUUCAGGUCAGACCAUCAACAUCGUGGAACGUUUGUCUUUGUAUCCAGAGCUCAUCACAAGCUUCAUAUACAGAGUGACAAACAGCCAGGAUUUCGUGGAGCCGAUCUACUUCUAUGUUGGAGCGGUUUUUGGCCUCCAGGCGGUCUAUGUCACCGCCCUGUUUGUGUGUAGCUGGGUGAUGAGCGGCACCUGGGUGGCUGGCAUGUUGGCUGUGGCCUGGUAUGUGAUUAACAGACCAGAUACAACCAGAGUGGACCAUGCCAUCCCUCUGCGGGACAACUGGGCUCUGCCUUACUUCUCUUGCCAGGUGACAGCUUUGACUGGAUUCCUGAGUAAUAACAUCAGCUCUGCCACUGAGAUGUUUUGCUAUCUUACCAUGAGUGCCACCACCUUCACCUUCCUCCUGGUCUGGGAACACAGUCACUAUGUGCUCUUCAUCCAAGGCCUUUGUCUUUUCUUGCUUGACUCUUUUGACCUGGUGCCACCACGUAAGAUGGCAGACAUUCACAAGGUGUACCUCAGCUCCUUGUUCCUGGCCUACUUGUUCCAGUUUCAGAACCCGACCCUGCUCAGCUCGCCUCUGCUCAGCCUCCUGAUUGGCUCAGUGCUCGCGAGGUACUUCCAGCAAAAGAUGAAAAUGGGACCUCUUGUUGCCAGAGUGAUGAAGCUCUUCUUACAUUUCCACCUAGUCUUUACCACAGGGAUCACCUUCAGUUAUUUGGUUAAGAAACUGAUACCUGUAAGUGAGAGUGACUUCAUAUUGAAAUUCCUUGAAGUAAAAUUUGGGCUCAACACAACAACAGACUUUGUCACCAACUUCCUCCUGUGCCAAGAGAGUUUCCAGGCAACCGGUCAGGACUUAUUUCUAAGACUGACGCAGGCCUCUGUCCUUCCCUUCUACUUCCUGGUGCUCGCUGUCUGCCUGCUGUCCACCCUGCAGACCAUUUACAGAAGACUCAGUGGUCAGCCAAUGAAAACCAACCUCAAACUUGAAGAUGGACGAAUAGGAGAGCAGCCAGAGGUCAUCUAUCAUGUUUUUCACACGUUGCUUUUUGGAGGCCUUGUUCUGCUGUUUGAUGGGAUGAAAUAUUUAUGGACCCCGUAUGUGUGCAUGUUUACAGCGUUCGGCGUGUGCUCUCCAGACCUCUGGAUGACUGUGUUUAAAUGGCUCAAACUCAAGUCCAUCCAUCCUGUAGUACUGUCUCUGAUCCUGAGCACUGCGGUUCCUACCAUCAUUGGUUUCAGUUUGUGGAGAGAGUACUGCCCUCGUGUCCUAGCAGAGUUGUCAGAUCUGCAGGAGUUCUACGACCCAGAUACAGUAGAGCUGAUCAGCUGGAUCAGGUCGCAGGCUCCACUGGCGGCUGUCUUUGCCGGCAGCCCUCAGCUGUUAGGAACCGUGAAGUUGUGUUCAGGUUCAGCUGUGACCAGUUUACCGCUUUACUCGGACGUCAGCCUGCUGAGGAGGAGUGAAGAUACUUACCAGGUAUAUGCAAUGAGAUCUGCAGAAGACGUCUACAAGAUUCUGACCUCUCAUAAGACAAACUAUGUGAUCAUCGAGGAGUCAGUUUGUAACGAGCUCAGUAUUAAUAAAGGCUGUAGGAUCAAAGACCUGCUCGACAUCGCCAAUGGACAUGUUGUUUAUGACAAAGGAGAGAUUUACUCUUUCUCCAAGCAUGGAAGAUUCUGCCAGGAGAUAAAGUUGAACUACUCGCCCUACACAAACUACUUCACUCGAGUUUUCUGGAACCGCUCGUACCACGUCUACAAAGUGAACUCUGUCAUCUCCUUUCAGUACUGACAGCAGCCUCUGCCUCCCUCCUGAGACUUUACUGAGCCUGGCUCUGCCCUUCUCCAGUGUUUCACACCUCAUCCACAGUGUAACACAGAGGACUGCAACACGUCGUUGCAGCGUGCGCUCAGAGAAAUGUCUUAUCACUGUUACCUUACACAUCCCGGUGCAGAUGCAAAUUCAAACCAGCUGGGAUCAGCCGAGCACAUUGUACUUGUUUUGGCCUACGUGUCGUUUGUUCAACAUGAAAGGACCCUGCUGAAGUCGAAAUAUGCCAUAUUGAUUCCUGUACUGUAGUUUUACAAGCCACGCGUUGCUGUUACUGUGAUGCAUUUAAUGAAGGAAGAGGUUGAUGUGUGAGGUCUGUGUUCACUUUGUACAGUCGCUGAGAGAAGCUGACGUUUUUUUAGGCUCAUUAUUUUGAGUCCACAAAUCACUUAGUUGAGCUAGCGGCACGGCUCUACUGAUGGCAAUGUCAGCCUGUCUGUUGGUCAGUCAGCAGGUCCACCUCUUUGGUCCAGACUGAAAUAUCUCAAUAACUAAUGGACGGAUCGCCAUUAAAUUAAGCACAGAUGUCAAUGGUGCCCAGAGGUAUAAUCAUGAUAAUUUUGGUGCUCCGUUGACUUUUACUGUAGUGUCGCCAGCGGGUUGGAGAUUCCACUUAAUAUGGGAAAUAUUUCAACAUCUACCAGAUGGAUUGGCAAAAUAUUAGUACAAACAUUCUUGGUUCUCCAAGGCCUUUUCUUCUAGUGCCACCAUGAGGUCAAAUUUUUAUUUUUAUGGCUAUCUGCACGACGAAUGGCAUUCCCAUCAUCCUCAGCUGUACUUCUUGUUUUGCGCUACUUAGCAAAUGUUAGCAUGCUAAUAUGCUAAAACUAAGAUGGUAAGCAUCUGCAAAUGAUCAUUAUUGUAUACCUGUAUGCUGACAUCAAAGCGCUGCCUGAGUACAGCUUCACAGAGCCUCUAGCAUGACUGCAGACUCUCACUCUUACUGUUUUUAAGACCAUUAUUGUGUGAUGAAGAUUAAUGCUGUUAUCUAAACAUAUAAAAACACUUUUCUUUUGAUUCUGAUUUAUAUGGCUCUCUAUCUUGGGAUAGUCAUGGUCUAUUCAGCUUUUUGUUUAUCAUGAUGUCAUUUGUGCCUGACUAAAGAGAAAAGGGUGUCAAGUAUUACAACAAUGGCUACAAUUUAAUAUCCUGAGAUAAUUUGAUAAUUACGUCUUGAUUGGGAGAAAAUAUUUAGAUAUUUGGGCAUAUGAUUAAAUGUUUUUGUGGAAUAUUUAUAUCACGAAAGUUUAAGAUUUAUUCAGAAGAUAAUUAUCACGUUUUCUUCAGAAAAAAUAUCAAGAGUUAUAGAGAAAAAAUAUUGACAAGCAUAACUGUUCUUCCCCUCUGCCACAUACUGCUCUUGUUUCCUCACAGAAGUACUCAUGCAGGAAUGUGUAUGUAUUUUGGUUGCUGCUUUCAUGCGCUUAACCUUAUAGGGAAUAUGUGUCUUUGUGAGCGGCCUUUCGUGUGAUGUUGGUAAGUGUGGGUGAGCAGGUCUCUGCUGUUACAGAGGGCUCUCACCUCAGUUGCAUGAAUGGAAGAUCAGUGUCUGACUGGUUUUAAAUAACCCAGAACAAUAGAAACAACGUCUUAACUUUUAAACUGCUUGUGUCUCUUUCAGCCUUAAGAGUAGUGGAGGCUGGUUCUGAAGCUGCUCCUUUCUGUUGCGUUAUCUUCAUCAUCCUCUUCGUCUGGAUGCCUUAUUUUGAGAUGUGGGAACUGACUGACAUGUCUUUAUCAAUCAGACCUUUAGCUAGAUUUUCCGGCCCCUGGUUGUUACCUCGAAGUAUUUGGUGGUAAAUUCCUCCUGGUGCUAUCAUGCAAGUCUCCCCAAUAACGAUCCCUCUGCAAGAGGCCAUGUAGUGAAUAUUAGGUUUUAUUGGUUGUGGAGAUUAAAAGUGUGUGUAAGUUGAUGAAUAAAAAGCUGAU